UGCGAGAGACGAGCUCGUGGUCGAAGCAGUCCUCAGCAGGUGCACUUUUUCCCGUGAUCUUCCGUCUCAGUUAUUCGUGAGUAUAUUUUUGCCCAGUGAAGAUCUUUGCUGCCAAAGUUGCGAUUUUGAACCGUGAAGUUGCAAAACACUGAUAAUUUUUUCUCACGACCGAUCGGAGUUUAAAACGCGGUGUUUCUCAGCGCGCUAUUACAGCUUUGGAGAGAUACUGCGACAGAGGAUAUCAGUGCUCUUGUGCUAAAACAUGGCGAAACAAUUGCUGAUUUGCUGUCUUAUUAGCCUGGCGACAAUUGUUAGUGGGGCAGGACUCUCUCUUGAUGAACUAAUAGCAGAGCAAACCCAGUUCAGGCCUGCUGUCAGUCUUCCUGAUAGUUUGAAGUUAGAGGCUUCAGCCUUGCUGCGACAGGACGUGAUUAACACGUCUCCUCAUCACCAUGGACACACGGCGAAGAACAUCCUCAAUUUGGCUCAAAAGAUCGGGGAGGCACUCAUGGCUUCGCGAUCGGAAAAGGUGUUUGUUUAUUCACCAGUGGCAAUCGCGGCUGCUCUUCAGCUGGUUCUCCUGGGCGCCAAUGGUGAAACCUACAAUGAAUUACUGAAGCUUCUCUCGACUGACAACUCUCAGACCCUCCAUGAGGACUUCGCAGCGACAAUCAGCGAUCUCUUGGCCACAAAUUUCGAUGACGUGAACGACAGCAAUGUGAAGACGAACCAAAUAGCAGCCGGAGCUGGAUCAGUUGAUCAUCGUAUAUCUGUCGUCAAUGGUCUCUUCGUGCAGAAUGGUUACUCCAUCCGACCCAACUAUCGAACGGUCGUGGAGUCGAUCUACAGCAGUGAAAUCACAGAGUUGGAUUUCGAGAGAUAUCCGGAAAACGCAGUGUCGUUCAUAAACAACUGGGUGGAGAAAUCAACCAACGGGAAAGUGAAGAAUAUCGUUCAGAGUCUAUCUCGAGAUACGAGAGUAAUCGUGGCGUCAACACUUUACUUCAAUGCUCGCUGGAAGCAGACUUUCCACGAGGCAGGCACGCGUCCUCGAGAAUUCUAUCCUGAUGGUCAUGGAGGACGAUCUAUAAUGGUGGACAUGAUGUCCUUCGGGGGAAAGCUACCAUAUUACGACGCCAAGGAGUAUGAUUGCAAGAUUAUUGGCUUCCCGUACAAGAACAAUCUCAGCACAUUCUACAUCAUCAUCCCGAAUGAUUCCACUCCGCAGAAGCUAAGGGAUCUGCAGAGGGAUCUGUCGCCCGAUAUGAUAGACUACAUGAUUUCCAGAAUGACCAUGAACACGUCCAUACUCUUCCUCCCGAAGAUGCACCUCACGUCCGACUUCAGACUAAGAGAUAUUCUCUAUCAGCUCGGAAUUACCACGCUCUUUGACCCCGCCAGAGCCGAUCUUUCCUUGAUCACCGACAGAGAUGCAUUCGGAAACGUUGGUCGGACUCUUCCUCUGACCCAAUCUGGAGGCUUUGCAGCCCCAAGUGUGCCUCUUCGGUACGAAAACCGAGAGGAUGUGCUGAUCUUCUCCCGUCUGCGUGGAGAUGAUGAUGAUGAUGAGCAAGCAGAAAUUAAAGAUGCAAGUAAUGACACCCAGAAAACUAAAAAUGCGCGAAAGAAAAGAGCCACGUACAAAGUAGCUAGCAAGUAUGAAAGAGAAUCCGAACCGCUGAGACUAAAGGAUUUCGUGCUGAGAAAGAGGAUUACAAAGCCUUAUGCUGAGAAGAAGCUUUCUCGGCCACGUAGGCAAAUCUCGGCGCUGGAAAGUCUCCAGGAAAUCAAUCAAUUGAGAGGAAGAGUUAUCUCAAAUCCUGGUCUCUACGCCAGUGAGGUUGUUCACAAAGUCGACCUAACAAUAAACGAGAAAGGAACUGAAGGUGGCGCUGCCGUUUUGGUCCUGCUCCACAAGACCGGUACGGAUGUCGUGUUGAGAGUUGACGUGCCAUUUAUGUUCCUCAUCCGCAAUGAGGCCACAAAGCUGCCGCUCUUCUACGGAACGAUUUUUGAACCGCCACAGCCCGAGAAACCUUAUUAAUCCCUUGUGAUUUUAUAUUUAUCGCGUGGAAAUCACACUCUUAUUUUAUGUACAAAUUGAAUAAAAUUUCGUAUGAC